AUGGGAAAUUGUUUUACUUAUUAUCAUGAUGUGCUUGGCUGGAUGCUUUUUGUUGGAUUUAUGGGCACAUUGGGCACAUUUCCAGAGUUUGUGCCUCCAACUCUGAAAUGGAAGGAGAGGUAGGCUGUUCAGGAGAGCAAGACACACCUGAGGAGCCGGAUUUUGGAUGAAGAUCUGCAGCUAUUCCGGUGGAAAUAAGCAAAGAUGAUCCUGGUGAAGUAAUGCAGCUCUGAAGCUUUCCUGACCAGCUGUACUGUUCCUGUUGGUUUCACAUAAAGUAAUUGCAUACCA